UUUUCUUCCCUCAGGACCAGCUGUUCAGGAGCAUCCCGGAUCAGAGCCAGGCACAGUUGAGACUUGGAUCUAACUAAAGACUGCCGCAGAUUCUUCUGCAGCAAUGUCGGUGUUAGAAGAAAGUCGACCAUUUGCUCAACAGUUAUCCAAUGUCUACUUUACAAUACUUUCACUUUUCUGCUUUAAACUUUUUGUGAAAAUCAGUCUUGCCAUCCUCAGUCAUUUCUACAUUGUGAAAGGGAAUCGCAAGGAAGCGGCAAGGAUAGCAGCUGAGUUUUAUGGAGUAACCCAAGGACAAGGUUCCUGGGCAGAUCGAUCACCACUACAUGAAGCUGCAAGUCAAGGUCGUCUCCUUGCUCUGAGAACAUUAUUAUCACAGGGUUAUAAUGUGAAUGCUGUCACCAUAGACCAUGUCACCCCAUUGCACGAAGCCUGCCUGGGAGAUCAUGUGGCCUGUGCCAGAGCUCUUCUGGAAGCUGGAGCUAACGUAAAUGCAAUCACAAUAGAUGGCGUGACUCCGUUAUUCAAUGCAUGCUCACAAGGCAGUGCCAGCUGUACAGAACUUCUUUUGGAAUAUGGUGCCAAGGCCCAGCUGGAAUCCUGUCUUCCAUCUCCCACACAUGAGGCUGCCAGUAAAGGUCACCAUGAAUGUCUCGACAUACUGAUAUCCUGGGGCAUAGAUGUUGACCAAGAUGUUCCUCAUUUGGGAACUCCUCUCUAUGUAGCUUGCAUGUCACAGCAAUUCCAUUGCAUUUGGAAACUUCUUUAUGCAGGCGCUGAUGUGCAGAAAGGCAAAUAUUGGGAUACUCCGUUACACGCUGCUGCUCAACAAUCCAGUACAGAAAUUGUAAACUUACUAUUAGAAUUUGGAGCAGAUAUCAAUGCCAAAAAUACAGAGCUUCUGCGACCUAUAGAUGUAUCUAUAUCUAACAGUAUGGUAGAGAGAAUACUGCUUCAACAUGAAGCUACCCCAAGCUCUCUUUGCCAACUCUGUCGACUCUGUAUCCGAAAUUGCAUAGGAAGACCAAGAUUGCAUCUUAUUCCACAGCUCCAGUUGCCAACAUUAUUGCAGAAUUUCUUGCAGUAUCGAUAAAGCAGUAAAAUAGCUCUAAAUUCUUUGAAAAUCAAAAAUUUCUAUUUAAUUUGCAUAAUGAGUAUUGCACAUUAAAAGUUGCUAAAGCCAGGGUAAAAGUGAGUAUGAGAUCACCCAGGGAAGCAGUAAAAUAUCACUUUUCAUUUUUAGUGUACUACUUAGUACGAUCAUUUUAGGAUUUUUACUGUGUUUGAAUUAUGAUACAUUUAAAGUAUCCAUACAUUUGUAGCUAUCCCAAUAUAUCCAUUGUUGAUUUAAAAAUAUGAGAAAUUCUCCAUUUUAUCCUUUUUUUCCAGAGUGGAAAAGAACAAAUGUGAACUUUUACUGAAAUUGUAAUUAUAAAUUUAAUAUAUUUGUAUUAUAUUCAAAAGAUCUAUGCUCUCCAAAUAAUGAGUUAACUUUAAUUUUGGCUAUGGUAAUUUAUUAUCUGUGUGUUUUUGAUAUUGACACAAAACAUGAAUAUAAUUUAGAAAAGAGUAAACGUGCUUUUUGAAAUAAAGAUGAUUCUCAUUGAGAAAAUCCACUAGGCUGAAUGUGUACAUGUGGUUAGAGUGAUUAAUUCAUAAAGUAAAUUGCAUUCCUCUCUGCUAAGAACUCACAAGUCAUUUCUCCAGAGUAAAUGGACCUGUAUAAAAACUAGCGAACUGAAAGUUACCACUGCCCUCUCACCCUGAUAUCUUUAGAUCAUGCUCCUGUUAACCCUUUCUGAAGACCUUUUCCAGAGUUGCUUCUUAAGGUGUCUCUUCAAUGCUUUCAUAUGACUUCAGUACUCUUCCAUGUCAAAAGUUGUCAAUACCCAUGGUACCUGGACUGGAGUAAAUGCACUUCAUAGCCAAUUGAUAAAGAGGACCUGGAUUAUAUUCUAGGGAUCAUCAUAUCAGACCAAGGAUAAAAAAAACUCAAGUUAUGGAGUUUUUAAAGAAAAUUAAAAGGAGGUGUCAGUUAGCAUACCUAGAGACUGUAAAAAAAAUUUACCCUAUAUCCCCUUCCUUGUACUUUUUAUAACUCUAGUUUCUAGUGUAGACCUUAAUAGCAGCAUCUCAGAUUCAUUUCACACAAAAUAAGUAUUCAUUCAGUACACCGUACUUGCAAAUGAUAACAAAAGAGAGUGUUGUAUAAAAUAAUUACUAAACUAGUCCCCUGCAAGGGGAGUACUGUUUUUAUUCUCUUUCAUUUUAAUGAUACUUGAGUGCAAAAGGAAAAAAUAAAAUGUUGUACAAACUUUGUAACUCACAUUAGAUUUGGAAUUAUUAUAGAGUUAGAAAUAAGAUAAUCAAAAUACUUAUAACUGUGUAAAGAAAGGGAAAAUAUCUUGAUAAAUUUCAUAGAUGUAUCAAAUUUUGAUAUAGUGUUUUGGCUACUGUUUUAUUAACCAAGGGUCCAUUUUUCUCUCUCCUCUUAGUUCCUUAAAGAUUAUGGGGAAAUAAACUCAUAUUGUAUAACCUCAGAGUCACUAAGUUUGCAUUUUGAGAAAAUAUCAGCUGUUAUUAAAAACAUGUGUUAAGCUUUUCAAAAAUAUAACUGCAGCUUUUUUGUUGAACAGUAUCUCCUAUGUGGCUAGGGACCUUUAAAUGUCUGUUUUACAGAAAUCUCAGUCUAAUAUAUUUGUAAUGUCCUCAUGAAUAAUAUGCCUUAAAUGGAUUUUUAUUAGAAAAUAACUUCAUUAAACAUAAGUAGCUAUUAAAGGUGUUUUUUGCUAAACACAAGUUUUUACUAGAUUUUCCCUGAGCUAGUGGUAAAGUUUUAAAUUGUAAAAGUAAUAUAAUAUGUCCCUCUUCAUUAGUCUUGUGUCAAUAAGAGAAAUAAAUAUAGGAAAUUAAAAUGAUACUUAAAAUUUUUCAUUAUAUUUGUGUCUUGUAUCUUAGCUUCAGUUGAUUGUUUUAUAAAAGAAAUGCUCUAAUUUAAAUGUAUCAUAUAUCUGUUAACAU